AGUGUGGGGCCGGGGCCCUCUGGAGGUCCGCGUUCAGCACCAUUUGCCUCAGGCCAGACCCAGUGGUCCGAUGGCUGGAAAGGGGGCGGGGGGAUGGUGACAGCAACAGAGGUGGAACCUGGGGCUGAAUUGUACCCAGAAACCCCAGGAUCCUGGGCUGUUCUGGGCGCCCUUUCCCCAAAUACACGCUCUCCCUGGUGGACAGAGGGCAGCUGUGCAGGGAGGAGGAAUAGGAGCAGAGGGGGAGGUACAGCCCUCACAGCACACCUGGCCUACACGGCCCCCCAUUCGGGGACUGGCUGGGUCCUCCUCCCCUGGGCAGACCACCCCAUGAUGGUGCCCUACCACAUCGCACCUGCCACCUGCCCCUGGAAAUGAGGACAGAUUGGGUGGUCUCUGCAGCCGAGACCCUGUGUGCACAGUCCUCAGGGCCGGCGACAGUGGAGAGGCGGAAAUGGCAGGGACGGCCUGGGGGACAUGACCCCAAGAAGAGCGGGAACAGGACAAGAGGGAGGAGGCUCUAAAUUAUCCAUCAGCACAGACCGGCCACUGGCCCAAUGCAUAAAUGUAUAGAGAAAAUAGGUGGGGGCAGAGGGGGAGAGAGAAGGGACCAGGGUAUAAAAAGGGCCCGCAAGGGACCGAUUCCAGGAUCCCAGCACCCAGCUCCCCAAAGCGCUCAGGGUCCUGUGGACAGCUCACCUGGCUGCAAUGGCUGCUGGUCCCCGGAACUCCGUGCUCCUGGUGUUCGCCCUGCUCUGCCUGCCCUGGCCUCAGGAGGUGGGCGCCUUCCCGGCCAUGCCCUUGUCCAGCCUGUUUGCCAACGCCGUGCUCCGGGCCCAGCACCUGCACCAGCUGGCUGCCGACACCUACAAAGACUUUGAGCGGGCGUACAUCCCCGAGGGCCAGAGGUACUCCAUCCAGAACGCGCAGGCCGCCUUCUGCUUCUCGGAGACCAUCCCGGCGCCCACGGGCAAGGACGAGGCCCAGCAGAGAUCCGACGUGGAGCUGCUCCGCUUCUCGCUGCUGCUCAUCCAGUCGUGGCUGGGGCCCGUGCAGUUCCUCAGCAGGGUCUUCACCAACAGCCUGGUGUUCGGCACCUCGGACCGAGUCUACGAGAAGCUGAAGGACCUGGAGGAAGGCAUCCAAGCGCUGAUGCGGGAGCUGGAAGACGGCAGCCCCCGGGCCGGGCAGAUCCUGAAGCAAACCUACGACAAGUUUGACACAAACCUGCGCAGCGACGACGCGCUGCUCAAGAACUAUGGGCUGCUCUCCUGCUUCAAGAAGGACCUGCACAAGGCCGAGACGUAUCUGCGGGUCAUGAAGUGUCGCCGCUUCGUGGAAAGCAGCUGUGCCUUCUAGUUGCCGGGCUUUCCUUUCACCCCGUCCCCACAGCCUCCCCUGACCCUGGAAAGGGCCUCUCCCGGUGUCCACUGUGCUUUCCUAAUAAAAUGAAACUGC